GCGUACGUCAGAGACAUUUAUAUCACAGCCUUGCCGGUUAGUACUUCCGUUCAGUGCGAACUGUUGUCGCUAGUUCUCACGAAGCUUGUUCGACUUUUUCUUUUUUGUACGAAUCUCUCCUAAAGCAACGCAGUCACAAUGUCUUAUGAAGAAGGGAAUGACUCAAAGUUUGUGCGGAAGGUGAAGGAAAAUCCCUUUGUCCCAAUAGGGAUGGCUGGAUUCGUUGCCAUUGUUGGACACCAGCUGUAUAAAAUGAAGAGUCGAGGGGACACAAAAAUGUCAGUGCACCUGAUCCACAUGCGUGUAGCUGCACAAGGCUUUGUGGUUGGAGCCAUCACAGUAGGAGUCCUUUAUUCAAUGUACAAUCAGUACAUUAGGCACCCCAAAGACGACCACGUCUCUGAGCAACACAAGUGAACUAGGACUCUUACAGAUUUCUGUGUCUUUAAUACUUUAUCAUUUGUAGAUGUGUCUUCAGAAGCUAAUCAAUGACUAAAAACCAACCAAUGAGCUUCUAGGUGUAAUAUUCUGUGCUUCACUCUGUGUUUGCCACUGCAAACAUAGCUGGGGGGAUGCUUGUGUGGAAGAUGACAAUACUGAUAUAUUUUCCUGUUGUUUCAAUAGAAUUCAGUAGCAGAUAUUUUUGUGAUUUGUUUGUAUUGAAAUGCCAAAUUAAAAACAUUAGCAAUUUUGCCCGCCUUUUUUUUCCAUCCCUAAGGCAAUCUUUAACCGAUUUCUACACACUGACAUAGGAAAAAAACUUAAUAUAAUGUAUAUAAAUUUAUUUUUACAGUACAUCAAGUGGUUUGCAGAAUUGUUUUUCAUUUCUGUUCUGUAAUGUAUCCUACCAAGGUUGUUAGUUUCUCAGUAUUUUUUCUCAUAUUUUUUGGCUUCUAUUCAUUUUGAAUGCAGUUGAAUCUGUUUAAUAAUAACCCUUAAUUAAAGUAUUUACAUAGCUGAUUAUUAAUAUGUAGCAACUACAUAGCAGGCUGUUUGUGAAAGUCACUUUCAUUUCCUGAAAUAUCUAAAUCUGUGUGUACACACCUCUGUAGUGUGCUUUUAAUGAAAAUUAUUUAUUCUUAGUUUUAAGCUAUAUACUAUAACAUACACAGACAGUUGUUAAAUGCGCUUCUGGCAGCUACAGGAUGGAGUUAAUGUUUCAGAAUUGUCACCCUUCUUUUUUCAUUAAAUAAAUUCAUCCUCCCUAACUAAGAAAA